GGCUUAGUUACAGCAGUAUUUGUGGAGUAGGAAACGAACUGAAAACCGCAGAACAGAGUCCGUCUUUCUGAAGAAGUCAGCCUCAAGAAUCCAGCACCAAGUUUUUAUUUUCUACUGUAGUCACAAUGGCUUCAGGGAAGGAAAGGGGCGAGCUCAACACUCUUGCAUUUGAUAUGGGUGAACAAGUCAAUGAUCAACCCGGAGAAACGGCGGGUAAGACACGUGGGAGCAGCCGUGUAGCAGAGGACGACAGAAAUAAACCAGUCUAUUCCGUGACUGAUGUUCCCCCCUGGUACCUUUGUAUUAUCCUGGCCUUUCAGCAUUACCUGACAGCAUUUGGUGGGAUCAUCGCCGUCCCUCUCAUUCUCUCAGAGGGGUUGUGUCUGCAGCAUGACAGUCUGACCCAGAGUCGCCUCAUUAACAGCAUGUUCUUCGUCUGCGGUUUGUCCACCGUGUUGCAGGUCACCUUCGGUAUCAGGCUUCCCAUUCUACAGGGGAGUACAUUUGCCUUAGUGACACCGACCAUGGCCAUGUUGUCCACGCCAGAAUGGAAGUGCCCAGCUUGGACUCAGAACGCCAGCAUUGUCAACACCUCCUCACCUGUCUACAUAGAAGAGUGGCAGACGCGCCUGAGAGCACUGCAGGGCUCAAUCAUGGUGGCCUCUCUCCUCCAGAUCCUGCUCGGUUUCUCUGGCCUAAUCGGCUUUCUCAUGCGCUUCAUUGGACCGUUAACCAUUGCCCCCACAGUAUCUCUCAUAGGCCUGUCACUGUACGAUGCAGCUGGAGCCAAGGCUGGCAGCCACUGGGGGAUCGCUGCUAUGACAACAAUGCUGAUCAUCCUGUUCUCCCAGUACCUUCGUCUCAUACCAGUCCCUCUUCCUGCAUACAGCAAAAUCAAGGGACUGCAUUCCUCAAAGUUCCUUAUCUUCCAGAUAAUGCCUAUUCUGCUGGGCGUUGCAGUCUCAUGGUUAAUCUGCUACCUCCUCACCAUCUCUGAUGUCCUACCAUCCGAUCCAGCUCAGUAUGGCCACCUGGGCCGCACUGAUGUGAUGGGGAAUGCGGUGACUGAUGCUUCCUGGUUCACAUUACCAUAUCCUGGUCAGUGGGGGACGCCAACUGUGAGCCUGGCAGGUGUAAUUGGCAUUAUGGCUGGAAUAAUAUGCUCCAUUGCGGAGUCUGUGGGCGACUACCACGCAUGUGCCAGGCUGUCGGGGGCACCUCCUCCCCCCAAGCACGCCAUCAGCCGCGGCAUUGGCAUUGAAGGACUUGGCUCUUUGUUGGCAGGGGCUUUUGGCACAGGCAAUGGCACAACCUCAUUUAGUGAGAACGUGGCAGCCCUUGGCAUUACCAAGGUGGGUAGUCGAACUGUGAUUCUCCUAAGUGGAGUUUUCAUGAUUUUUUUGGGGAUGCUGGGUAAAUUUGGAGCUAUUUUCACAACCAUCCCCACCCCUGUGAUUGGAGGGAUGUUUCUGGUCAUGUUUGGAGUCAUAACCGCUGCUGGAAUUGCUAAUCUACAGUCCACAGACAUGAAUUCCUCCAGAAACAUCUUUGUUUUUGGUUUUUCCAUGUUUUCUGCAAUUGCCAUUCCAAACUGGAUCGGGAAGAAUCCUAAUUUCAUAGACACAGGUGUGAAAGAGGUGGACCAAGUGUUGCAUGUAUUGCUUACCACUCAUAUGUUUAUUGGAGGGUUCUUUGGCUGCCUUCUUGAUAACACAGCUCCUGGGACUAAACGUGAGCGUGGCCUCUUAACCUGGAACAAAAUGGAUCCUGAAGACUCUAAUACCUUGGAAACGGAGGAGGUAUAUGACCCCCCCUUUGGCAUAACCUCUUUCCUCUCAUCCCGCUCUUGGGCUCGCUACAUCCCUUUCUGCCCAUGGAAGGGCCACACAUCUCAGCACAAAUCUGACAGCAACAUGUCACAGAGCCAGGGGAAUGAGGGAAUCCAUUGUGAAAGGUCUGAACUAGCGUUGGUUUAAUAAAAUAAUAAAAUACUUGAUACUU